GCCGGAUUCUGCUUUUCUCCCUUUGCCCUCCACCUCUUCCCUCUCCUCCUCCCAUUGCCGCGCACCGCCCCUCCUGUGGACGCUGCACCCUCUUGCCCCCUUACUCCCUCUCUCUCGUCCGUCCCUACCCACGGACCAACAUGACCUCCGAUAUCGAGGCCCGCCGCGCGGAGCGGCGCGCCCGCCUGGCUGCCCAACUUGCCGAGGUGGAGUCCGAAUUUGAGAGCCGUAAGCAGGCUAUCGCCGCCGAGGCCAGCACGGCCCCCCUGAUCGAUGAUGAUGGCUACGAGGCCCGGCGCCGUGAGCGCGAGGCCCGGCGCCUGGAGCGCGAGAAGGCCAAGCAGGCCAUCGCUUCUCCCUCGUCCUCGCCAUACGGCAAGUCGUUUGUCCCGAUCCAGUCGACCGCGCAGCCGCCCCGGGCCAAGCACACCGACACCGCCAAGCCGGUGGCCACCACCAAGCCCGAGGUGGAUGAGGCCCCGAAGCCCCGGCCCACGGAGACCGCCAGGCCGGUGGCCACCACCGAGCGCGAGCUGGAUGAGGCCAGCCCCGUGGCCGCUGCGGUCCUGGACGCCAGCGCCUCCACCGACACCGUCAGCCUGGCCACCGAGCCGGCGGUCGUCGAGGAGGCGCCCGAGCCGGAGCCCGAGCCUGAGAUCAUCGAGGAGGCCCCCGAGCCCGAGCCCGAGCCUGAGGAGGAGCCGGAGCCCGAGUGCGAGCCGGAGCCCGAGCCCGAGUCGGAGCCCGAGCCUGAGGAGGAGCCCGAGCCGGAGCCGGAGCCGGAGCCGGAGCCGGAGUAUGAGCCGGAGCCGGAGCCCGAGCCGGAGCCCACGCCGGCCCCCGCCGCCGCCACCACCGCCGCCGCCGCCGCCGCUCCUGCGAAGACCGACGCUUCGCCCGUCCUGCCGGCCGGGUCCAUCCAGAUCGGCGACCGGGUGUACACCCUGGACGAGUACGAGAACAUGUCGUACGAGGAGCGCCGUGAGGCGCGUCGCCUGGAGCGCGAGCAGCGCCUGAAGCGCGAGCAGGAGGCGGCCAACGAGCGCGAGGCCGCCAGCAAGGCCCGCAUGGAGGCCGAGCGCGAGGAGCGCCGCCGCCAGCGCGAGGCCCGCUCCGGUGGCCUCCCUCCCGGGGUCACCUCUCCCUCCUUGUCGUCCAGUGUCAAGUCCGCCGUGUCCUCCGGCGGGGUGGUCAAUGUGACGGCCCCGGCCACCGAGCGCCGGACCGCCCCCAGCUCGGCCACCGGGUCGCCCGGCGGCAAUGAGUCUUGCUCGGCCUGCGGCAAGACCGUCUACCGGCUGGAGCUCAUGCGGGCCGACGAGAAGCACGCCUUCCACAAGGCCUGCUUCAAGUGCAAGACCUGCAACAAGACCCUCUCCAUUGGCAAUUACGCCGCCAUGAAUGGGGUGUACUAUUGCAAGGUGCACUUCAAGCAGCUCUUCCGCCUGAAGGGCAACUACGAUGAGGGCUUCGGCCGGGAGCAGCACAAGACCAAGUGGGCCGGGGCCCCUGGCGCCGGGCCGGCCUCGGUGUCGGCGCACACCUUCUCCGGGACGGCCAGCGAAACGUCCACGCCGAACCUCGGCGCCGCCACCAGCAGCCCGGGCCUGCGGUCCUCUUCCGCCACCGGGACCGGGUCCCGCAGCGAGGGCAGCAGCCCGGCGCUGGCUUCCUCUUCCGGGUCCGGGUCGGUGUCGCGACUCCCCUCGGGGCGGAUCAUCGUCACCAACACCGGGUCGGCGGGUGGGUCUUCGGCGGCCAGCCGCCGUACCAGCACCUACGGCUCGCCGGCGGGGGGGACUUCCUCGCCGGCUGCCGGCGGCAUGUCGGUGCCCCUGCUGUCGACGGCGCAUUCGUCCUCCACGGCGGCGGCCCUGGACUGGAUCAACACCCGCCUGGCCGGGGAUGGGCACUGUAGCUCGUUGGUUCCUGUGCGCGACCGGGCCGGCCUGGCGCGUGCCGCCAAGAACGGCGUUCUCCUGUGCAAGCUGGUCAACACGGUCAAGCGCGGCACCGUCGACGACCGGGCCAUCAACACCGGGGCCACCUCCGGGGACGAUGUUCUGGGGAACAUGAACCUGGCUGUCAACAGUGCCAAGGCUGUCGGCGUGCCGCUGGGCGGCAUGGGCAGCCAGGCUGUCACGCCGGAGGCCCUGGCUUCCGGCGAUGCCGCGGCCAUUGAGCGCUUCUGCUGGGCCGUGGUCCGGACAGCCCUGCGGGCCGGGUUCGAGGUCAAGUACGAUGGGCAGUCCAAGCGCAGUCUCCGUUGCGGACAGUGCUCCUGCCGCAUGGGUGGCGAUGACAGCCAGGACAAUGGCCGUUACGCCAAGCGCGGCGACAGCACCUACUGCUUCGGCUGCUUCGAGGAUGAUGCGGCCUUCAUGAAGAUGUGCGCCCAGUGA